GUCUGUUGCGGCCUCCUGGGGACGCGCGCACGUGCCUGGAGCACACACCCCCUCGGGUCCCGAGCUUCGCGGCGGGGCGACCCCCCUUCCUCACUCCUUACUCCUUUCCUAUUCCCUCCUCCUCUUUGUCCCAGUCCCGCCCCCGGUUCCAGGAGAGUCCCAGGUUCCUGAGGCGGGAAACGUUGCCUCCUUUGUCCUCACGGGGCGCGGAGAGGCGGACCCCUCCUUGGAAGCCCCUUCCCACGCGGACUGCAGAGGAAGCCUUUGUGGAGCUGAAGUAUUGAUAACACCAAGGAAAUCUAUCACGAUUUGAAAAGAUAAGCAAAAGUUUGAUUUCCAGACACUACAGAAGUAAAAAUGCGUCCAAUGCGAAUUUUUGUGAAUGAUGACCGCCAUGUAAUGGCAAAGCAUUCUUCCGUUUAUCCAACGCAAGAGGAGCUGGAGGCAGUCCAGAACAUGGUGUCCCACACGGAGCGGGCACUCAAAGCUGUGUCCGACUGGAUAGACGAGCAGGAAAAGGGUAGCAGCGAGCUGAGUGUUGGUCUGUCCCUCAGGGAACAGAAGACGGAGCAUAUGACCAGAACCCUGCGGGGAGUGAUGCGGGUGGGCCUGGUGGCAAAGGGCCUCCUACUCAAGGGGGACUUGGAUCUGGAGCUGGUGCUGCUGUGUAAGGAGAAGCCCACAACUGCCCUCCUAGACAAGGUGGCCGACAACCUGGCCAUCCAACUUGCUGCUGUAACAGAAGACAAGUACGAAAUACUGCAAUCUGUCAACGAUGCUGCGAUUGUGAUAAAAAACACAAAAGAGCCUCCAUUGUCCCUGACCAUCCACCUGACAUCCCCUGUUGUCAGAGAAGAAAUGGAAAAAGUAUUAGCUGGAGAAACGCUAUCAGUCAACGACCCCCCGGACGUUCUGGACAGGCAGAAAUGCCUUGCUGCCUUGGCGUCCCUCCGACACGCCAAGUGGUUCCAGGCUCGAGCCAACGGACUGAAGUCCUGUGUCAUUGUGAUCCGGGUCCUGAGGGACCUGUGCACUCGCGUGCCCACCUGGGGUCCCCUCCGAGGCUGGCCUCUCGAGCUCCUGUGUGAGAAAUCCAUUGGGACAGCCAACAGACCGAUGGGUGCUGGCGAGGCCCUGCGAAGAGUGCUGGAGUGCCUGGCGUCGGGCAUCGUGAUGCCAGAUGGUUCUGGCAUUUAUGACCCUUGUGAAAAAGAAGCCACUGAUGCUAUUGGGCAUCUAGACAGACAGCAACGGGAAGAUAUCACACAGAGUGCGCAGCACGCACUGCGACUCGCUGCCUUCGGCCAGCUCCAUAAAGUCCUGGGCAUGGAUCCUCUGCCUUCCAAGAUGCCCAAGAAACCAAAGAAUGAAAACCCAGUGGACUACACCGUUCAGAUCCCACCCAGCACCACCUAUGCCAUUACGCCCAUGAAACGCCCAAUGGAGGAGGACGGGGAAGAGAAGUCUCCCAGCAAAAAGAAGAAGAAGAUUCAGAAGAAAGAGGAGAAGGCAGAGCCCCCCCAAGCUAUGAAUGCCCUGAUGCGGCUGAACCAGCUGAAGCCAGGGCUGCAGUACAAGCUGGUGUCCCAGACUGGGCCCGUCCAUGCCCCCAUCUUUACCAUGUCAGUGGAGGUUGAUGGCAAUUCAUUCGAGGCCUCUGGGCCCUCCAAAAAGACGGCCAAGCUGCACGUGGCCGUUAAGGUGUUACAGGACAUGGGCUUGCCGACGGGUGCCGAAGGCAGGGACUCUAGCAAGGGGGAGGACUCGGCUGAGGAGACUGAGGCGAAGCCAGCGGUGGUGGCCCCCGCCCCAGUGGUAGAAGCUGUCUCAACCCCUAGUGCGGCCUUUCCCUCAGAUGCCACUGCCGAGCAGGGGCCAAUCCUGACAAAGCACGGCAAGAACCCAGUCAUGGAGCUGAACGAGAAAAGGCGGGGGCUCAAGUACGAGCUCAUCUCCGAGACCGGUGGCAGCCACGACAAGCGCUUCGUCAUGGAGGUUGAAGUGGAUGGACAGAAGUUCCAAGGUGCUGGUUCCAACAAAAAGGUGGCGAAGGCGUACGCUGCCCUUGCUGCCCUAGAAAAGCUUUUCCCUGACACCCCUCUCGCCCUUGAUGCCAACAAAAAGAAGAGAGCCCCAGUACCCGUCAGAGGGGGACCGAAAUUUGCUGCUAAGCCACAUAACCCUGGCUUCGGCAUGGGAGGCCCCAUGCACAAUGAAGUGCCCCCACCCCCCAACCUUCGAGGGCGGGGAAGAGGCGGGAACAUCCGGGGACGAGGGCGCGGGCGAGGAUUUGGUGGCGCCAACCACGGAGGCUACAUGAAUGCUGGCGCUGGAUAUGGAAGCUACGGGUACGGAGGCAACUCGGCGACAGCAGGCUACAGUCAGUUCUACAGCAACGGAGGGCAUUCUGGGAAUGCCGGUGGCGGUGGCGGCGGGGGCGGUGGUGGCUCCUCCGGCUAUGGCUCCUACUACCAAGGUGACAACUACAACUCACCGGUGCCCCCAAAACACGCUGGGAAGAAGCAGCCACACGGGGGCCAGCAGAAGCCCUCCUACGGCUCGGGCUACCAGUCCCACCAGGGCCAGCAGCAGUCCUACAACCAGAGCCCCUACAGCAACUAUGGCCCCCCGCAGGGCAAGCAGAAAGGCUAUAACCAUGGACAAGGCAGCUACUCCUACUCGAACUCCUACAACUCUCCCGGGGGCGGGGGCGGAUCCGACUACAACUACGAGAGCAAAUUCAACUACAGUGGUAGUGGAGGCCGAAGCAGCGGGAACAGCUACGGCUCAGGCGGGGCAUCCUACAACCCAGGGUCACACGGGGGCUACGGCGGAGGUUCUGGGGGCGGCUCCUCAUACCAAGGCAAACAAGGAGGCUACUCACAGUCGAACUACAACUCCCCGGGGUCCGGCCAGAACUACAGUGGCCCUCCCAGCUCCUACCAGUCCUCACAAGGCGGCUAUGGCAGAAACGCAGACCACAGCAUGAACUACCAGUACAGAUAAGCCCCCGCGGGGCGGAGAUUUCUACCUUCUGCACUUACUCCCCAUCAGAAGAUCGAGUUUUAUGCAUCACAGUUAACAUGUCAGCUGGCCCUCCAGGCCCCCGCCCCCACCCCGUCCACGUUGCUGUGUCGUGAGGUGCAGCGGGUCACCCUGUGGCCCGUCCUGUGACCCAUAUUUAGCCGUGUUUGGGACUCCGUGUCUUCAAUGGUUUGUUAGUUGCCAUUACAACUUUGUCUGGGUAGAGUUUUUGAGUUCUUGCAGUUCAGUAUCCCUCUGUCUAUUCACACUUGGUGUUAGUGGUAACUCAGUUUGUCUUUAAAUAGUUACGGAAGGGAUACGUCAUUUGUUAAUGCUUUUGUGAAGUGAGUUAAACGAGCUUUCUGUAUUUUAAUGCUUUAGUGUUUCAGUUUUAUAAGUGAAGAUUUUAUUUUAAAAACCAGUGGGAAAGAGUGGGGGGUUUCUUUUUAUGUCUGGGUCAUUCAGGCAGUACAUCUGAAUUAAGCUGAAUGUAGACAAAUAAAGAAAAACAAAACUGC